AUGGCUGCCGUACUUUAUGGGACUUGUGACCCUGCCUUACACUCUAGAAUCGCCUCAAAGGAUGAACUAGGUGCAUCCCUCUGUGUGAAUGUCGAUGGGAAAAAUAUACUCGACCUGUGGGGAGGCCACGCAGAUGUGGCCCGGACUCGGCCUUGGCAGAAAGACACGAUUACAGUGGUCUGGUCGUGCUCCAAAGUUGUCACCAACUUAGCAGCUCUCAUCCUUGUUGAUCGUGGUCUGCUUGAUGUGAAUGAGAAGGUGGCCACGUACUGGCCGGAAUUUCGAGCCAACGGCAAAGAGGAUGUCACAGUGCCCCAUGUUCUCAGUCACUCUUCUGGGGUCCCCGCAUGGGAGCUUCCUAUAACUCUAGAAGAGAUAUACGACACGAAAAAGGCCACCGAGAAGCUUGCUGCUCAGGCCCCCUGGUGGAUUCCGGGUGAGAAGAGCGGAUACCAUCUCACAAAUCAAGGUCACCUUGUCGGCGAAAUCAUUCGACGUAUAACUGGCAGACCGCUUGAACAGUUUGUGGCCGACGAAAUCACAGGCCCCUUGGAAGCUGACUUUCAGUACGGCGUACCAGAAGAACAUUGGCCACGCACAGCAGAUAUCAUCCCACCUCCAACGCUCCCGUUUGGCGAGCUGGAUCCGCAAAGUAUAACGGCAAAGGCGAUCGCCGGCUCACCUUUUCCCGCUGAGGCUUCUAUGACAGCAGGUUUCAGAAAAACCGUGUCCAGUGCGAACAAUGGAUUUUCCAAUGCGCGUGCAUUGGCCAGAAUCGGAUCUAUAGUCUCUCUUGACGGCAUUGUCGACAAGAACAAGCGCACCAUCUCAGCCAGUACCAUUGAGAAAAUGCUCAGGGAGCAGAUAAAGGGAACGGACAUUGUCACCUUUGAUUUCCUGCGAUUUGGUCUUGGCGUGGCUCUGCCAGCACCGCAAACUUGUGCCUGGAUUCCUGGGGGAAGAAUCGGCUUCUGGGGAGGCUGGGGAGGAUCUAUGAUCACCAUGGACCGUGACCGACGCAUGACUAUCUCCUACGUGAUGAACAACAUGUCUGGUAGAGGCACUCUGGGUAACGACAACACCGAAGCAUAUGUCAGAGAAAUUUAUCGGGUCAUCGAUGGACUGUGCUCGUCGUCUGCAUAGAUUCAUAGAUUUGUCCACCGUUUCCUUAAACGCCUCGACGGCGUAGGGCAGGGUAUGAAUGACUAAUCUAGCAGGCCACGUAUCUUAGGCGGAUCCCAGGGUUUGGCACACCCCUCACCGCAUAGCUGCACCUGUUCUUGAGAGGGCACAGAACAGUAACAAAAAUCAAUGUCUUUGGCUUGUAAGCCGCGUAUACUUUACGAGGGUUGGGACUCAGUAGUAGCACGAUUUACAUUUUAUUAUUUCCUACGACUGGUCCUUGAUAUCAGCUCAGCUGAAACCUAUUGUGGGUGCGGGUUGGAUUGCCGGAUUACUUAAAUCAACACCAUCAUGGCGCUUCAUGUGAUCCGUAGUGCUGUACUUCAGCUGAUGUCCGAGCAUCGGUGUGGCUGGCUGAUAAUAUUAGUUC